UUAAGCAGAUGAUUGCUAGUUGUUUGGUGAAAGAUCCAUUAAAAAGGCCAUCAGCAAAAAAGCUAUUAAGGCAUUCUUUUUUCAAGCAAGCUAGAUCAAGUGAUUAUAUUGCAAGAACUCUUUUGGAGGGGCUCCCAGAUCUUGGUGACCGUCUUCAGGCAAUAAAGAGAAAGGAGGAAGAUAUGCUUGCACAAGAGAAAAUACCAGAUGGGCAGAAAGAGGAAAUGUCACAGAAUGAAUAUAAACGUGGGAUUAGUGGUUGGAACUUCAACCUUGAUGAUAUGAAGGCUCAGGCUUCCUUGAUCCAGGAUGAAGAUAUUAUAGCAGAAAAAGAUGAUGAUAUGCACGCUAAACAACUUCAGUAUCAGUUGUCUUCAUCCAAACAGUUAUCACAGCUUCAACGUCAGUUGUCUUUUACAAGUCAAUAUUCAGAAGUUGCAGAUUCUGAUGAUAACAGUCAGCCUGCUUCUUCCUCAUCUGUAGACUCCACUAGUAACAUGACUAAUCAUGAAAAAUCUGCUGAUAGUGCAAGCAUUGCUAGUUCGACCGUUGAGCAGAAAAUAUCCCAUAAUUUGUCUCCUGGCAGCAGGAAUCACAUGGAAAGUAAUUUGUCAGAAAAAUCAGAAUCAGAUAUUCAUGGAAAAUUAUUGGAGGAAACAUCAUAUUCUCACCAGAGGUAUGAUGUUUGAUUUACAUGAUCACUUGAAUCCUUACGUUAGUUGUUCUUCAUACAAUUACAGGAUUCCUUCUCUUUCAUUUGCCUUUAAGUCUGUUAAUGUGCAUUUGUCCACGAUGUGUCCAUUCCUUCCUAUUUUUUUGAAAAAUCAAGUGUCAGCUUUUCGUGAACAUGUUGCAUGUGUCUUAGUCAUACAUAGAUUUAGAUUCAAGGAUUUUUCAUCUCAGGACUUGGGAUUCGACAAAAUUCAGUUUAGCUGUUGCAAGUGUUCCUUCACUAGACAUGUACUUGGCUUUUAUUAUAUGUUGUCACCGCACUAAAAUAGAGAAAGUGUUUGGGUAGAUACCUAUUCUAGGCAUUCCUAGUAUAUAUUAAAUGUUCCGCAUCUCCCCCUGAAUUCAAGUUUCCUUCUGUAUAUGACACAUUAGAAGGUAGGGUGACAUUUGGGUCAGUUGUGGAGAGGUUAAAUUCUAAGAAUUCACGAUCCAACCGAUCUUCACUUAAGUCCUCCCCCUGAAGAGAUGGUUUUUAGAAAUAUGGUGUUUUUUCGAAGAAGGUAACAUCAAGGCUAACAUAGACCCGUUUUGUGGAUGGGUCAUAGCAUUUAUAGCCAUUUUGAGUGGAUGAGUACUCAAUGAAAACACACUUUAUUGCUCGUGGUUCAAGUUUAUUUUGGUAAUGAGAAUGCAUAAAGGCAGUGCUUCCAAAUACUUUUAGCGGGAGGUUUGAAUUGAGGCGAGAAUUAGGAAAGUACUGUUGAAAUUUAUGUAAAGGUGAGGCAAAUAAAAGGAUAUGACUAGGCAUCCGAUUGAUAAGGUAUGUAGAUGUUAAAAUUGCAUCUUCUCAAAAUGUUUUUGGCAUAUUUGUAGUAAACAAUAAGCCUCGAGCAACCUCGAGUAGGUGUCUGUUUUUUCGUUCAGCAAUCCCAUUUUGUUGAGGGGUGUUGACACAUGAACUUUGGUGAAUUAUCCCAUGUGUUUUUAGGUAG